AUGGCGACCUUUCUCAGGGGUCCCGUCUCAGGUCCCGGCGAGACUGCAUCCUUUGGAUCAGUCAGCAUUCUGGAUCUGAAGCAGCAGAAACUGACUCGCCUCCGAGGCUCCCUCCUGCCCGAACGGCCCGGAACGGCCUCCCCGCGGGGUCUGGGCUGCCCGCUGCCGGGCGCCGCUCACGCCCUGAGGCGUCCGGGUCCGGCUCCGCCCACACCCAUCCGCUGUACUUGGGUCGCCCCCUUGCCCGUUUCAGGGUCCACAGAGGUGACCUUCCAGCGUGUGCCGCGUCCCCUGACCCCGCCACGCUCAGCCUCGUCGGCAGCGCCCCGUCCUUCCGCACCCCAGUCGCCCGCCCCGUCUCCGGAGCCCUGUGCAGCCGCCCCCUUCUUCCUCUGCCGCCCCCCGCCUCCCGCCGCCGCUCCUCGGCGGGUAACCCUCGCGGUCGCUCCUGCACGGGCGUCUCGACCCCGUCGCGCUCUCCCUUCAGCACGCUUUGCUGAAAACCCAUCCUGCGGGGUCGGUGCCGCUCCUCGCCCGCGCUCUGCGUCGUCCGGCUGCGCGGAAGGAAAGGACAACGCGCUCAUUGUUCUCACUUUAAAUUCACAACCGCUGACCCCCGGCGCGUCCGCAGCUCUCAGCCCUGCGCUUCCCGGUCCUGGUCCCCCCCGGCGUCCGUCUCUCCCUUCCCCAGCAUCAGGUGCCCCCCCCACCCUCACUCUUGCCCCCCCACCUCGUUUCCUAGUCCAGCAGCUGGAAGAGGACGUCCCCAGCCCUGCCCCCUGCAUCCGCCCGCUUCCUGGUCUGCGGGGAGCCCGCCUGCCCGCCCGCGAGGGGCAGCUGCCAGGCUCCUCUGGCUUCCUGCGCCCGGGCCCGCAUCCCUCACCUGGACCGCAUGGCCCCCCAGCAGCUGCCUCUUUCUUGCAUCGUCCACAGCCUCUCUCUGGGAGCUCUUCCAUCUACACACCUUGGCGGCUGGUUCCAGGCACAAGCAUCCCGAGCACAGAGAGAAAACCAGGCGGAGACUCUGGCUAUAGACAACCAAGCCUCAGAAGGCUGCGGCAUCCCUUCUGACAGCUCUGCUCACUGAGGCCGCCGCUGGGGCCCAUCCAGUUUCAAAGUCUGAUGAAGUCAGCAGCUGCCACGUUGAGAGCAGCCCUGUGGAGAGGCCCAUGUGACAAGAGACCAAGGAUGGCCCCGCUGAAAGCCAGCCAGGAGCUGAGCCCUCGGAGGACUGGUCCUGCUGAGAAGCUGUGAGUGAGCCUGAAAGUGGACCCUUCCCCAGUGAAGCCUUCGGGUUAGACCUCAGCCCACCAACACCCAGCUGCAGCCUGCCAGGAACCCUGAGCUGGGGAGCCCGCUAAGCCAUGCCAGGUUCCUGACCUGAGAAAAUGUGAGGGCAUGAACUUGAGUUGUUUUAAGCUGCUAAUUUUGGAGUCAGUUGUUACGCAGCCACAGAUAACUGGUACGUGCCCCACGCCCUGCUCUCGGCCAGCAGCCAGACUGCUCACAUCACCUGUCUGCACACAGUCCCCAGGGCCCCCAUCACACUCCAGGCAAUGGCCUGAGUCCUUGCAGCAGCCCACAGGCCCCGCCUCAUUCAUCACCCCUCGAUCUGAACUCUCCUCCACCUUGCUCCCUCUCCUCCAGCCCCGUGCAUGUUGUGUUCUUCUUGGACAGUCCAAGCUGCCUCAGGGCCUUUGCACUGGCUGUCUCGUCUGCCUGGGAUGCUUUUCCCUGAGUUAUGCGACUAGGUCACCCUCUCACUUUUCGCACGACCACCUACUUAAACUUACCCCCUCCCACCGCGCUGUCCCUCCCUGCGUAUUUGUCAUCAGCAUUCGGCACCCUGUUUCCUGGCUCCCCCUCUUGCUGCUAGGAUGUGCACGCCAUGAGAGCAGGGGUUUCUCUGUGUGUGCCUGUGUUUUCUCCCCUGCAGCAUCCCUACGGUCUAGAUCAAUGUCUGACAUAGAGCAGAUCCUCAAUAAGUAUUUGUUGAAUAAAUGAGUGAACAAAGGGAGCAGAGGGCGAAUCCAGCAGAGAAUCGCCCUUUUGUGCUCAGCAACAUGAGGUGCCCCACACAUAUUUACUGAGUAGAUCUGUCCCACGGGAUACAGGUGAGGAUGUGAAACUCUGAGCCUAUCAGAAGAAACUUAAUCCUCAGGCUGACACUACCUAGAUCUGUUCCGAUAAUGCUCUGAUGAAGAAAGGCGGGCCUCAGAGCGCCAGCUCGCGGCGUCGGGAACCCCCAGAGCCCUCUGACCGCUGGGCUGGCGGCAGCCGGCCUCCAUUGUUUUCUUUCCCUUUGCCGCGUUGUACAAAUGUGUACUUUGCAACAACACUCCAAUUCUUUUCUCCCAAUUUUCUUCUUAAAAAUCACAAGAAACAUUUUUUAACCGCACAAGUUUAUGCCUGAAUCCAUUCUUGUAAAAAAUUCUAUAACAGCAAGUAACUACCCACUCAACCCCCCUAUUGUCGUGUGCUAGGAAACUGCAGGCGCCGUCAGGAGAUGAGACGGGACCACAGGCCGGGCGGCAGAGGCCGCGAGCGGCCACCCUGUCGCCAUGUCCCCUUUUCCCGCCCACAGUCAUGGCCGAUGGGUGGGCAGAGUGCCCGUCAGCCUGGGCCCCUGAGUGAGUUCAAGGCGCAGGUGACCUGAGGACCUGGGAGGGUAGCGAUGCGAGUGAGAAGUGGGUCUUCGCCACUUCCCAUCCCUGAGGACUGGGGAUCGUUUAGAAGGUGCAGCAGAACCUAACCAACCCUGACUAAUGCUGAAAGUGACACCCAGAAACGGUGCUGCUGUAACAGAAAAUAAACACUGGGAAGCGUGUGGCUCUGGCUUGGUCGGAAGAUGGAGAGAAAGCUCCACGCUCUGUGGUGGGAAGUGUUUGGUCGGACGUGACUGCAGCGACUUGGACCCCAGACCGUGAACCUAGUGAAACCGUAGCUCCGGGGAGAGAGGCCGUUAGCGGUAUCUGGUGGCAGCUGUCGGCUGCCAAACUCAGAGGAGAAUUGGCCAGCUUGAAGCAGGAGUGAAAGUGAAAAAAGGGCUUCCACCAAGUUGGAAAAGCUGACUGAAUUUAAGACCCCCCAACUUAAACUCAAUUAAAACACAGAUGUGACAAGAGCCAAGUUAAGGGUGUGUUGUCGUGGCCUCUGUUAAAAUCUCCCUGUGGCUAAAGGUGUGUCAGACAAGCUUUUUGGAUACGGUGCGGGGGCGGGGAACGUGGCCACCCGCUGACAGAGGAGGGCGAGGAACCCGACCAUGCAGACCUGGGGGCGUUGGCAAAAGAACUGUGGGUGCUGCUGGCAUCAGAGCUGACCAGGAUUAGAAAUAAGACACCUGCUAAGGUUCCGAGACAGCUGUGAUGACAAAACAAGACCCGUUUAGGAGAAAAGAGGAAUGGGUACGUUUGAGACAACCUUCCACUAACCGCCUGCGACCAGAGAACAGGCUGAGAAAACUGCUCUUCCUGGGAGGCGUCCCCCGGAAUCCCACAUCACGCUGGCCAAGAGGACAGAGGAAAGUCCGGAAGUUCCCAGCGGGCAGAGCUGGGGGGCUGCUUCCAGGCAGGACCGGAAUCUGGCCACCAGGAAGAAACAGGCACGCUGCAGGGGCUCAGAGUGUCCGCCAAGAGGGAGGGCUCCUCUUCUACAACAGCUGCAUCUCCCUCCUUCCUCCGCUUACGGUGGUUUUCCUGUCUCUGUUCCAUGCAACAUUGAGUGUGUGGAAGGAAAGGAAUUAUCUUUCUAGUUUUGGGGUCUUCAGAUGCAGUGGGGCCCCAUGUGGGCAGGGUACAAAGGUACAAACCCCCCGGGCUUCGCCCAGAGGUCCUGGUUGUAUGUGGCUGGAAUUUUGGGGUCGUCUUGCUUGGGGAGAUGCGGGAGAAUAGAAUUAGCUGGCCCGGAGUCUUUGGGCUGUUCACCAAUCAUUUGGCCUCCUUUUCCAGACACCUGGGGAGAUUAUGCUUCUCUGCUCCCUUGUAGUCUGGCCUGGCCAUGUGACCUGCUUUGGACAAUGAAACGUGAGCAUUUAUUUUUUUUUUAAUUUUUUAAAAAUUUUAUUUAUUUCUUUCUUUUUGGCUGCAUUGGGUCCUUCGCUGGUUCACGCAGGCUUUCUCUAGUUGCGCGAGCAGGAGCUCCUCUUUGUUGUGGUGCGCGGGCUUCUCAUUGCGGUGGCUUCUCUUGUGGAGCACGGGCCCUAGGUGCGCGGGCUCAGUAGUUGUGGCUCACGGGCUCUAGAGCGCAGGCUCAGUAGUUGUGGCACACAGGCUUAGUUGCUCCACGGCAUGUGGGAUCUUCCCGGACCAGGGCUCAAACCCCUGUCCCCUGUAUUGGCAGGCAGAUUCUUAAACACUGCGCCACCAGGGAAACCCCACGUGAGCAUUUAAAGGUCAGUUUAUAGUGUUUCCUAGUUCCUGCUUUGGUGAUUGUGGAAGCUUGUGUCAGCCUGGUUUCCUGGUCCCACGUGAUUACCCAGAGCAAAGGGCCCUGCUAACCCACAUUGGACACAUAGCAUGAGCGAGAGGUGUACUUCUGAUGUGUUCAGCCGCUGGUGUGGAGAGUGUUUGUUACACAGCAGACCCUGUUCCAGCCUGACUGAUACAAUCCCCCAAACAUGCAUAGGCGGCUGUCUCUCUGCUCCUGGUUCGGAGGGAGUGGGCACAGGUCUGCUUCUCAGUGAGGUUCAAACACUUUACUUCUAGAGCAUCAGAGAGAAUGAAAAGAAAGGCUCCAGGGGUGCUCUGUGUGGUGUGGGCAAGGCUGGGUGGAGGCACAGCUCUGGCUGUGGGGGGCAAGGGGUCUGGAGGACUGGGAUUAUGAGGGUCCCAGGGCUCUGUCACGAGGGAGGGGCAGGUCUGAGCCCUCUCAUGAGCGUGUCCUGGACUGAGGCUGGUGGAUGCACAGUGAAUCUUGCCCUCCCCACCCUCAGCUGGGGGGCCCCACAGUCCAUCAAUUGCCCGGGGCGAUGGACCCAGAGCCUUCCUCAGUAGCCCGCAGAGUUCCCGAGUGACCACAGACACGGAGAAGUCGCCAGGAGCCUCAGCUUUGCUGUGCUUUGAGAUGCUCUGAUUAAAUUCCACCCACCGUGCAUCGUGCUUAUCGUGUCGUUAAUAAUCAUGAUGCCGUGUUAUGUACCUCCCCACGGAAGAAGCCUGUUCCCCGGAUGGAGCGUGGGUCUAUUCACACGCAAUUUCCACACAUCUCUAAAGAUUACCACUUUAACAGCCCUUGGUACAGACACCAGGAGACAGUUACAUCUGACAGAGCAUAAAUCUAAUUCCCUGUGCACUCAGUUUUCUUGGCCAGCAGAGUCAAUUUCAGUCUGUCAGGAUUUUAUCCCAAAGUCUAUUCACACCCGGCUCUUUCCCUCCAUGUCCCAGCUCUGUCUCUCUCAAGAGUCUCCCCCCUUUCAGGAACUCAAUCCUCCAGAAAAAGAUGCCUUGCUGAUACAAAGUAACAGCCUUUAUCUCUUUACAACGGAAUCCAAUUAGGCAUGAAGGAGACACAAUUAGGCCUGGGCCUGGAGGUCUCGCCCUGGGAUGCCGCCUGCCUGAGGCCAUCUCACGUCUCAGGGUCUGCCCUGGGCCCUUUCUCCCUGCAGCCUGCUGGGGUACGGUGGGAGGAGGUCCUUCCAGUGUCUUUUCUGGGGGCAGGAGUGUCCGAGCCCCGUUAGUUCCAGGUGAAUUCUUCUCCCUGGUGGGAAGAAGCUUCUGCCGUCGUAGCGGUAACCUCGAGGCACACAGCUGUGUCUGAGCGUAUGCACACAUCCAUCAUUUAAGGCACACUCACCCCUGAGAUGUGGAUACACUGUUAUUCCCGUUUUGCAGAUGGGAAACAGACACAGAGAGGGUAACUCAUCCAGGAUGACACACCUAUCAGGGGAACCACUGACUGAAACCCCCCGCCCUGGCCAAGCACGAUAGUAACCACUUGCGUGAGUUCUCUUACAACAGGGGGUCCCGGAAAGGAGCACGGAACUAACAAGCUUCCACCAACCGGAAGAAUUCGGGAAAGGCCCAAAGGAGAGGGGAAACGCCAGUCCGUGUGUCCUACCAACCUCCCAGAAUCCUUCUCGCUGGAAUGCAUCCUGGCUGAGCGAUGCGCGCGCCACCAGCAAGGACCCUGAGUCAGAGUGAUUGGCCAGAGACAAGCCGGAAACUAACCCCAUCCCCAGAAAACCCGAGACCGCGAGCCGUGUGGCAGAGCCGUUCUCCUGGGGUCCCUUACCCUGCUGCCCUCCGCCCGGGCGCCCCUUCCCAACAAAGUC